AUGGAGCACCGCUUGAGAGCCCAAACGUGGGUGCUACAAAAGGCCCAGCUAAGCCACCAGCAAACGGUGCACCAGUUGUCUGUCCAACAGAAAUCACCAAACCAGUUUUACAAGCCCAUUCAAGGUACUCAGGAACAUCCCGGUACAAGUUUAUUAGAAUCCGGGAGACAAGGAGUGGCUGUUUCGAACUAUGGUCAAAGUCUUGGCCCUAUGGAUCCAACCCACGUCGGCUCGAAGCCUGAGGCUGUUUAUGAGCUUUCAAUCCCCGUUGAACACACCACCGCGGCCCACAAGCUGUUGAUGUGGCCCUCAAUCCAGCAGCUGCUAUUACUAGAGGAAUACGACGGGGAAUAUGUGAUGCAGUUGGUAGAAAAGCGCAUUCUUCUUAGCAUCUACGCUCAUGGUGAGAUCUCGGACACUCUGGACAGCAGCCAAUUACCAUUGAAUGGUGGCUUUUGUAGCAAACGACCUGAUGGAGACAGUAUGGGGCUUAACGAAGACUUCGAUGUUGAUAUGCUUGGUAACGUGAAGCUGGAUGGUGUCACAGCUCAACGCUACUUUGAGAGCUACUGCAACAUGUAUAAGCUUCAUCCGUUCUUUGACCGGAGUGAACUCAACGACAAAGUUAAUAGGUUUAUUCAAUCCUACUGUCAUCUCAAUAUCUCUCCGAAUCUGGCUACCGACCACGUGCGGUCAGCGCGCGAUGACUCGCCGUCAACGAAACGGAGGCGCUCCAACCAGAGCCUGAGUAUUGGCAGCCAGGAUACGAAGACAUUCUGCAACUCACCGCGGCCACGCCCGACCAUACCGCCUCUUCCCUCCCACAUCGGGGCAUAUCCUGCGAAUGUUGUGCUCUCUCCCACAAUUCACAAUGAACAUGGGCACAUGAAGAACUAUCAGGUCAUCCCUGGUCUUACGCUGUACGGAUAUGCUACGGGAAUCUUGGGCCACUUGCAGGGCACAAACGAGCUGGAGCACGUUCAGGCAGGGCUGCUUGCUGGACUAUAUGCUGGCCAGCUAGCUGAUUCUUUUCAGAGUCAUAGUUGGAUUUCACAAUCUUCGAGGGCCUGCCAGGUCCUGGUGAGACCGAAGCGUUAUGAAAGACUCAAUCAGGGCCCCGUGAAGGACCGCUACAGCUCCGCAUACUGGGCCUGUCUACAGUUGGAGAGUGACUUGCUUGCAGAGCUUGAUAUUCCAGCCAGUGGCAUCUCUCGUUUAGAAGGUCGGAUGCAGCUUCCCAAAGGACAAUUUACAAUCAGUUUUCAAGCCGAGCUCAGUGCGAGCCCAAGUAUGAUCAUGAUGUUCUACUCCGCUCAAAUCCACCUGCGCAAAAUUCUGAACCGAGUCCACACCAACCUAGGAGAAAUACAAUGGUCAUCUACCGUCCAAGAAGCUUUGAGCGAGAAGAUAGAUCUUACCUACCCGACAGUAUGCAGUGGAAUGACACCGAAGAGCCAGCCAAUGAAAUCAACGCCGCCCGCAUGCGCGCAAAGUACUAUGGUUCCCGGUAUAUUAUCCACCGACCUCUCUUCUACCACGCUCUGCACAACAACACCCGUGCUCCGAACAUGGUCCAAACACCAGCCGCCUCACUCGCUAACGAAUGGACCGCUCCUCAAUUCCAACUCCGUACGCUUCCUGGGAGAUCCCACAGAUCUCACAGAUCCAUAG